UUGUAAAGCGGCUUUGUUGCGGCGCGGAACACAUCGGAAACGAGCGUAGAAUACGGCAAGCGAGAAGCGAAGCGCCGUCAGACAUCGUGUCGAGAAAGAAAUUGGUGCUAAGAAACCCAAAGACCCCCUUCUACAACCGCCCAAAUAAACAGUGCACAAAUAAAAUACAAAAAGAAAGCAAAAGUUCCUAGACAAAGAGUGAUCGCUGAACGUAUCGAGAUGCUAACCAAGCAGCCAGACUACACAAUCUCCGAGCUGGGCUAUCCGCAGUGGAACGAUGAUAAUAAGCUACACAGAAAGUGCCGCCCACCACCGCCUAAUACCAGUUAUAGCCACAGUUUCAGUUCCAGCCAUACUUCCAGUCCCAACCGCCUGCUGCCGUUGCGUGAGACGCUGGAUGAUUAUUACAAGCGUUUGCUGUUGAGUGAACAGCGAAGCAGAGUUGAGAAUAGUGACAGAGACUUGGAUGAUGUUGUGGCACAGCAGAAGAGACACAAGAAUCAAUGGAACGUGCAACAACAGCGCAGCAACAGCCACAACAACCGCAACAGCAAUCACAGACGCAAUCAAAACUGUCGAGAUAAAGCACAAGCAACAUCGCCAGCACGAACAGCAACCACAGCAACAGCAACAGCAACGAUGAAGGCAACCUUGGUGACUUGCGAUUUAAAUAGUUUUUGAUUGUCAGAGGCCGGAGAAGCCUCCUGAGAAGAAGCUUCUGCUCAGCAACUGAACUACAAAAAUGACGGGACUGAUUAAACGUGCUAAAUUUUAAACAGAAUAAAACAUUUUGCGUAGACUUUUAAGCAUUAAUUCUAAGUAAAUCAAGAGUAAUAACACUUAAUUUAAUUGCAUGCCACGCAGUUUGCAUAAAAAACAAUAAAAACGAGAGAAAAAACACAAACAAAACAGAAACAAAUGGAAUUUCAACGGCUCAUUAAAAAUGUAAACGGGCUAUGCGAUAAAGGCACUUAUUCAGUUUCAGCUUGGGACUCCGAUUCUGAUUUAGAUUCAGAAUCAGAAUCAAAUAAACAAAACAGACGCAAUACAAAACGACAAAGCUGACCAAAAAUGGCAGCCAUUCGAGUCGCCGCCAGCGGGGGCAACCUUGAUCAUGAGCACGUCAUGGGGGGCACAUUAAAUUAGCGUUCUGAACGUGCUUUCUUUAAAUGGCUAAAUUUGCGACAUAAACUACGGCAGACGGAAGAUCCGAAAGCGCUUGAGAUCAUUUGAAAAAUUAACGAAAGUCAAGCUAUGGAUGCGCUACACAAUAAAUGAAAUUCAGCGUAUGGCGUAAG